UAUUUUUACGAAAAAACAAUACUACGUUUGUUUGUUGCGAUAUCAGUUGCACAAAAUAGAAUCCUUCCAGACCGCCUAGUUAACAUUUAAAAAUAUGAAAUCCAAAAUUGUUUUUAAAGCUACGCUUAACUUGUGUAUGAAAAAAGAAUUAAUAGAUUAUAUGUAAUUGCAGCUUAUCUCAAUAAUUCGAUAAGUAUGAAUUAUGAAUAUCGAUGUAAACGCCUCAGAAAAUAGCGGGUCCCCAGAAGACCCCCAUCUGCUCUAUGUACUGAGAAGAAGACCAGAAGGAUUUACCUCAUCCUAGAAUGAUGCACCGAUUAUCGCGGUUUUAUGGCAGAAAUAAUCUGUUUAAAGAAUAUAAAGUCACGUGGGGUAUAGAUGUCAUGAUUCGCCAUUACAACUGCUACUAGCCUCUUAGGAAGUCUUGGAUGUGCGCCCAUGUAGGCAUUAAUGACAGUCCUGUUCCGUACUACACAGCCAGCACAUCUCAUCACAGCAUUCUCAGUACUCUGCCUACUCUACCUACUAUUUCCAAGCAAGACUAAGAGUACGAUAUCACCAGUAUGGACAUUAGUGUAUCUUGGUUCCUUCAGUGCACAUUUGGGGGCUCAGAUUUGGAUGACUUUCAUAUCUGGAUUGGCUCUAUACUUCAGCCUGCCCAGACAUACGUUUGGGAGCGUUCAGCAAGUAUUGUUUCCAAAAUACUUUCUCUUGAACGCUACAUUGAGUCUCAUCACUCUAGCGAUAUUUCUUCGAACGAAGAACGCAGAACUCAAGACUGUAGAGAACACUAUCCAGGCAUUAGGAAUGUCGAUAUGCUUCCUGCUUGAACUGGUUGUGCGUCUCUAUCUAACACCACCUUUGCUAGAGUUGAUGUCAGAGAAAAUCGCCAUAGAAAAAAGCGCUGGCGUGGGUUCGGAGAUAGGAAAGCUCAACCUAGGAAAAUUGAAAAACUGCCCUCACUACCUCAAGAUUCACAAAAGCUUCAGGAAGAUUCACAUGUCCAUCGCUAUCCUGAACAUCAUUGCAAUGGCCUGCACAACGUCGCAUCUGUACUAUCUGUCUCAUAAGCUGUGCGCUAUAUAAGUGUGGUUAAAGAGUAGCUUGUAUUUAUUCUAUUUAUUGUAAUUCUGUCGAAAUACCUAGGAUAUUACAAUUUAUUUAUGUGAAUAGUAUCAGUAUUAUAUGACUUUUUGUAUGGUUUUGUUGUAGAACUGUUUUAAAUAAUGCGUGAAAGACUUUUUAUCAAUCUCAUCUAAAGACUCAAUAAACGUUUUCCCAAAG